GACCCCGGAAGUGAAAGGGCGGGGCUUGGCCGGAGCAGGGCCUUCCAGCCGCCUGAUGGAGCGGGCCACAACUCCCAUCACCCCUCGCGAGGGCCCGGCGCGCAAACUCAAGACCGGUAAUUCCGAAGAGCGUCCUUGUUUCUGCCGGAAAGCUUGGCUCCCUUGGGCGGGUCAGGCUUCGCCCUCCAGCGACAACACUCCCUCGGCGCGUGCGCACUGGGCAGCCCUGCGCUCGGGGGAGUCGCGGCGGGGAGAGGAGAGAGAGAGAGAGAGAGAGAGAGAGCGGAGCCCGAAGCACCGCCUUCCCGUCCCUAGUCUAUGGUUCUCCAGUCUAUGGUUCGAGUGCCGAACGCCCAAUCGGGCGCCUUGUCCCGCCCCCUUUUUGCUCCGACUGGCAGCUCUCCUCUUCCGCUGCUUCUUCCCCGGCGGGCGAGCGGCGGGCGAGCAGGUCUGGGCCUGGAGAGGCGCGGGGGGGGGGGCAGCGAAGCCCAAGGGGGAGGGAGGCCCCGGAGGCCAUUUCGCCGGGGCGGGAGCCCAGCCUGGUCCGGGGGCGGCGGGGCUGCCUGGGCGUCGUCUCCUCCUCCACGUGGUCCUUUCCGCGUGUCUUCUUCAGGCUUCUCUUUUCUGUCGCGGGCAAGAAAAUGGAACGUAGGGAAGCAUUUUGCUCCGUUCACUUGUACAGAAUGAGGGGGAUCUGACUGCAGUCAGGAAAAGAGGACCUGCUCAGUUGCUGCCCCCACUGCUGUGAUUGUGUUUUCCUAAGCAAGAAUCAGGAUGAUGAUCAUGAUGAUAAUAAUAUAAUAAUAAUUUAUUACUUAUACCCCGCUCAUUUGGCUGGGCCUUCCCAGCCACUCUGGCCAUCUUCCAACAGGUGAUUGAAAACACAAUAAAAGAUCAAACAUUUAAAACUUCCCUGAACAGGGCUGCCUUCAGAUGUCUUCUGAAAGUCAUAUAGUUGUUUCUUUCCUUGACAUCUGAUGGGAGGGCGUUCCACAGGGCGGGUGCCACCACCGAGAAGGCCCUCUGCCUGGUUCCCUGUAACUUGGCUUCUCAUAGUGAGGGAAAUGCCAGAAGGCCCUCGGCGCUGGAUCUCAGUGUCUGGGCUGAACAAUGGGGUGGAGAUGCUCCUUCAGGUAUACAGAAAUAAGGAUAGAGAGGUUUUUCCUAGAGGGGUUUUCCAGUUAGCCUUGAGCUCCUGGAUUUCUGCUGCCCCAAGCAGUAGCCUGUACUGCCUAUUUUGGUUGGGCCACCUCACUUGGGGUGGGUAAAGUAUGUCCAACCUGAUCCUGCACAUAUAUUCUUGGAGGCAAGUCCCACUUUGUUCAGUAAUGUGUAUAGAAUUUUGGCCCUGAACUUGCUUUCUGAAGGGUAAUAUAUUUGGAAGGCUGGGGGGAGAAGAGAAGCAGGAACUGCCGUUUCUGGAAAGGAUUACAGUCUCAUUGUUGCAUAUGAAGUAACCCCUUUGCUUUUCUCUCUUUUUUCUUUUCCCAUGUACUGUAGUUGAUCUUUGAAAGAUGUGCUGUAAAACAAACCGUAGGUUUUUGCUCCUUUAUGCGAGCCAGAAGGGUCAGGCAAAAGCUAUAGCUGAGGAAAUAUACCAUCAGGCCAAGGACAGUGGGCUUGAAGCAGAUCUUCACUGCAUCAGUGAGUCAGACAAGGUAAGAUUCUUUGAACACCCCGUUCAAAUAUACAGGAGUGGCAUAUUUGCAAAUGACUUUCCACAACAUUUCUUUGGAUCAUUCAGAGCUUUCCUUAGAAAUCUUUCCCCUCAAAAGGUACAUCUUGAUUUUGUUCUCUUUUUGUUGAAGUCUUUGGGUAAAAAGGGUAAUCAACGUAGAUGGUAGUGACAUGUUAAAGACUGCACCUUGUACCAGGUUGCUCACACUGCAGAUUUUGUCCAAGGGAAAAGAAAUUGGAGAGGGGGAAAGGGAGGGUCAUGGAAUCAUAGAAAUGUAGAGUUUCAAGGGAUCCCGAGGGUAUAAGAAGGCAGAAAUGUGAGCAAAUGCACUUAUGCAUACUUGGGUUUCAUCUUUAUUACAUUUGCAUUUCUUCUUAUGCCCCCUCAUGGAAGUUAUCCUGUUUUAUCCUUAGGACAACCCUAUGAGGUAGGUUAGGUUGAGAGAGUGAUUGGUCAAAGUUAACUAGUGACGUUCAUGGCUGAGCUAGGAUUUGAAUACAGGACUAUCUUAUCUAAGUUCAAUACUGCAGGAAAUCUACUACACUAUGCUUAUAUAUUGCAUAGAUUUGUUCAUGGAGAAUUAGGAUGCAAGAGGUUAAAUUGUGGACUGAGUAUAUAUAAUGGGGAGAGUAUGUGAUUUUUGAUUCCAAGCUCAACUAUUGCAUCUAGCUUUGGAUCCUUGCAACAUGUAAAGUCCUAUCUACUGUACAAGCUGAGGCAAGACUUGGAAUUAGAACCAUUAUUCUGUUUCUUUCACUGGUUGUAAAACUCUGCUAUUUGUGUGGGAUUCAACAAAUGACUCCCAUCCGCAGAAGCCCUGUGCAAGGACUUCUGCUUGUGCAAUAGGGCCUUCCUCCCUUCUGCUGCCCCCAUGCACCCCCUCCUGAAAUUGGCUCAGGGGUCUGUGUCAAGAGAUCUCCUGGGACAGCCCAUGUGGGGAGGAGAGGGGGGAUUCUUCUAUCUGGAAACCAAAAUGCUUGCGCAGAUGGAAUCAUCACCUUAGUGUGAUAUUAAAUUCCUCCCCGUAGGAGGCUCAGAGCUAUCAAAAUAGAUUUUUAAAAGCUAAUUGAAAAACCUGAUGAAUUGAAACAUCACAAUGGCUUAACCCCACAUUACUGGAUGUUCAGCUCUGAUUGUGUGCGUCCAAAUACCACCCAGUUUUGAACUUUUCUGCAUUAUGCUCCAACUUUGUUUCUUUCAAUUUACAGUAUAACUUGAAUAGUGAAAAAGACCCCGUGGUUAUUGUUACUUCUACUACGGGUACAGGAGAGCCACCGGACACAGCAGUCAAGUUUGUUAAGGAAAUUAAUGAUAAAUCUCUGCCAUCGGACCACUUUUCCCAUUUACGAUACGGAUUGCUAGGUAAUUUGCUUGUAAGCUGCUAUUCGUAUAAAGCAGGGGAGAAACCUUGUUGCAAAAAACGGCAGGCUGGAUCCAAUAUAUUUUUGAUCGAAUUGCUUAACUAUAAUCACAGUUAGUCUAGCUGUGCGGCCCUCAUUGCGAGUAUUGAUGAGGCACCACACAGACUCAGGGUACAAUUCAAGCCUCUCUGAAAUAAGGAUUUAGCUGUACUUUCUUCAUUGGGAAAUAUGAGCUAUAUAUUCUUAAAUUUUACAAUUUAACAUCCUUUGUAUUUUUAGACUGUGUUUUUGCUCUAUCUUUCCGUAUUUUAAAAUUAUGAUCCAUGAAAGAACUCUGAUCCAACAAAUGUGAUUCGAAAGUUGAUGGCAUAUUGGUAUGAAUUUCAAUUGUAUAACGAAAGGGGAUUAUUUCAUUUAUGAUAGUGAAAUAAAAAAUAGCACUGUACAUAUUUUUUUUUACUUCAUGUGUGCUGUUGAAUAGGAAACCAGUAAAAAAACCAACAUGACUUGGUGUCUUAACUUUACGUAUUGAAUUCGAACAUGCUUUUCUGCUUUUAAGGUACUAUCAACCAUAUAUAGCCAGCUAUUCUGCUAAUUAAUUAAUUUUGUCUUUUAAAAUUUGGAAGUCUGAAGAAUAGGAUGAUGACAGGCAUCCAAAACUUAAUUGUGGAAGAGGCUUUGCCUAUUGCACUUUGGCGAUUGUGAAUAUUGCCCAUAAUUCAUUGACUUUUUCACUGAUAAUUCUGGUGCCUGGCUACUUACCUUUAUCAGUGAGCAAUUUUUUUAAUUAUUUUUUUUUUGUAAUAGCGGUUGAUUCCCAACCAGAUUGCAGGGUGGUAAUGGUUUUCUCUAGAUAGCUGUUUGGAGGGAUGGGUGGGAGCAGCAGCCUAAGCCUCCAGGUUGCUAAAAUGGCGCAUGGCCCCACUUUCUGCUUUUGUGGCCCCCUUUCUUUCUCCUUUCUGUUUCUCCUGCUGCACAGAGGAAGUGGCUGUUCCUAGAGCAGGGCUGUGUGCUUCGCAGUUACUUCCAGAUAGCCUGAGAGCACUACGACACCAUGUGGGGCCGCUGCCCAGCAAUUGUGCCACACGUCCUCCGUUUCCAGCAUCACCUGGGGCAGGCAGGGAGGGGUGAAGAGUGAGAAUGAGAACCAUUAUCUCUGCUCCAGUCCUUAUGCCAAACAUUUCAAGCUGCGUAGAAGAGAAGUGCUUCUUUCUGAGUUAGUAUCUUAGGGCCAGUCCAGAUUGGACUGAUGGUGGCGGCGGCAGCAGCAGCAUCAAGGAGGUGCCAGUUCCCAGUUCAGAAGAAACUUACAUUCUUGUUCUCCUCUUCUGAACCGCCUGAAUGGUUUAGAGACUGGGAUGGGUGAGAGAGUCAGCUUUGGAAAAUUCCACCCUGCCUUACCAAAGCUUUGGGGGGGGGGGGGACACAGUUGGACUCUGCAUGGAAGAAACCAUUGUCUACUUGGCACCAUCCAUGUCUGCACAAGGAGGCCUGUGUUGGCAACCCUAGGAACUUGUGCUUAUUGUUUUGUAGUUUGUCUUACUGCUGCAUUAAAGCUGGAGGGCAGAGUUUGAUUUAUUCUGAAACACCUUCUCCAGGGAAUUGAUCUGAUGCAGGUUUUCUUGGUUUGCCUUUUUCCUUACUUUUAUUUGCAGGCCUGGGAGACUCAGAAUACACAUUUUUCUGCAAUGGUGGGAAGAUAAUAGACAAACGAUUUCAGGAACUUGGAGCACAACGCUUUUAUGAGGUUGGACUCGCUGAUGAUGCUGUCGGGUAAGAAACCUAAAUUUUUCUGAUGAGGUUUUGGUUAAGUCGCCUUGUGUGGCAUUUCUUCCAAUCCCCACCCCCACCCCAGCUAUUUAUAGCCCCAUCUGGACACCAAUUUAGAAACUGAGGAGGAGCAAAAUAGGAGAGAUCUGCCAGUGAAAUAAUUUACUUUUCCUCAAAUUAAGCACAAGGGUGGAAUGACUCUCCACUGCUCCUAAAAAUUUCAUCUCUAUCCUAGAUGAAGAUUGCUCAUGCAUCAUGCUUCCUUCAUUCCCCCAGGAAAUAUUCCCAGAAGCAGACAGUGUGUCAGCAGUAGCCAUGGGCAAUUGUGACGGUUCAAGUUAAGAGCACAGCUUGCUUAGCCUCAGCUGAAAUGACCCCACUGAGUCUUUUUGCCCACUGGUUCUGCAGAGCUACUGGGCAGAAACAUUCCCAAACUCCUGUGUACAGCUGCCUUCACUGCUGCCUUGCCCUCCUGCUCCAUAUCUCUUCUUGGAAAGAGCCUCUUGUGACUUGAUCUCCCAGAAGAAGUAAGAGGAGUUGAAAUUGAUAGACAUGGUUGAGUUUGUCCUUCUUUGCCUCAUUAAGUACUGCUAUUGUUUUUGUUUUUUGCAAAUGCAGUGCAAAGAGCAGCACAGCACAUCCCAGGAAGUAAAUAUCUCACUGGGGCUCUUGUGAUUAUAUCAGCUGAUAGAGGGCUCUGGUGUGCUGCUUUUAAUAAUGGUUUUUAAAGCGGGAGAAAGCCAAUAGCCUGCACACGUAGCCAGAAGAGCGAACUUGGUUAUUCAACACAUCAUCAUUAUUAAUAAAGUUUUAACCUUAAUAGUCUUUUCAAAUUCAUGUAUCAGUGGCAUUUAACACCCUACAGGAUAAGCAAAAUUUACAAAACUCUACUAUAAGAUGCUGGAGAUCCAGAGCAAUUUGAGCAAGAAACUUCAUACACGUUUCCUGACCACAUGUCAUUAUAAAGAAAAAUUCUGGAACAACAUAUGAAGAAAACCCAAAAUGAUUCUUUUGUUCGCAGUCCAGACAGAAAUAGAAAAGGUGGACAUACAGUUAGUCACAUAUCUUCUGAUAGGUGCAAGGCUGCGCCUUAGUCAUCUCUGGAGAAACAAAAAUCCACCUCCUGUAUCAGAAUAAAAGGAAAAUAUGAGAAAAGCCUUAUUAUUUAGAUUAACAUACCAAAUAAGAGCUAGCAUCAGAACAGUAAAUAAGAAAACAUUUUUUUUUAAGAUGGGCACUUCUUCUAAGUUUCUGGAAUGAGAAAAUUAAAUAUAAUACCACACAUUGUAACUUUUCCCCACUACUAUAAAGCCUGUUAAAAUAUGUUAAAGUCCUGUCUAGUGAGAUAUGUGUGCAAUGUCUCAGUUCUUGCUUUUUCUUUUGUAAACCGCUCUUUAAAAAAACCAACAUAAACCUUUGAAAUAACUUGUAAACUGUGUUUAAAUAAUCUGCAGGUGCUGUUUGGGUGCUGACAUUUAUCCUGAUCUUUUCAUACAUACUUUUUAAAAUUCACUUUUUUUGCUUGGUUUCAGUUUGGAACUGGUGGUUGACCCUUGGAUUGCUGGACUUUGGCCUGCCCUCCACCAAGAAUUUGCAUCCAGAAAGAAAGAAAGAAACUACACUGAACAACCUCCAUCUCUUUGUGCUGAUGCAGUUUGUAACUCGUGCAUAAACUCCAGAGUAGAGCGUUUGAAGCUAGAAGUUUCGGGUGUGAACAAUGAUCUCCUAGCAAAAGCAGUUACUAAGUCAGAACUUCCCCUUCAAGGCUCUCAGCCUUCACUUUUCCACUCGGUUCCUCCACUUUCACAGUUGGCUCUUAAUGUUCCUGCUUUGCCACCAGAAUACCUAGAAGUGCACUUUCAAGAAAGCUCUGAGCAGGUAGGUCUCCCACAGGGACCCCAUUUCCAGAUGUAAAACUCCGAUCUUCUGUAAGUUUGCAUUUGGGAACUAAAGAUGCAACAUGAUUUUAAAGUUACUUAUUUGUGAAGAAGGGAAAUGAUUUUAUUAUUACAUUUAUAUCCAUUUUUUUCCUUCAAGGAACGCACAUUGGUGCAUGUGGUUCUCCUUCCCCCCUUGUUAUCCUCACAAGUGGGGAGAGGAAGAUAAGAGAUGAUUGUUUUUACUGGGAAAGACCACAAUGGCUUUCUUCUAAAGUUGGAGAGUUAAACAUGUUCUCAGCUCUUUCAUUGAAAUGAUAGGCCUUGAUGUGCUGGGGGCAGGGCAGGAUCAUGUAUAUAUUUUACUGUUAUUUCAUAUAAUGGUGUACAAAUAUUUAUGUGCUUAUUCCUUUGAUCUAAAUUUACGUCAGCUUGUUUUUAGGAUCCCAGCCUGUGUUGCGUUUCAGAGAGCUCCGUUUUCCAGGUUCCUGUCAUCAAGGCUGUUCAACUUACUAGGGAUGAUGCAAUUAAAAGGACUUUGCUGCUAGAACUUGAUAUUUCUGUAAGUUGAAUUAGUUUGGGUUUUUUUGAUUAACUUGACAGAAAUGAUAAUGAUGAUAAACCUAUGGUACAAGACAACCCUUUUCAUAGAAUCAUAGAAUCAUAGAGUUGGAAGAGACCACAAGGGCCAUCGAGUCCAACCCCCUGCCAAGCAGGAAACACCAUCAGAGCACUCCUGACAUAUGGUUGUCAAGCCUCUGCUUAAAGACCUCCAAAGAAGGGGACUCCACCACCAGUGGACUUUUGAAGUCCACUGUCCCAAUUUUAACACUAAACAAGUUUUAAAAUAUGAUUUUACAAGGGGAAUCUGCAAUAAAUGUUGCAAUGUGAAGUGCUCCUCUUUUGUGUUCCAACCAGGCAGCUGUUCCCUUUUCCAAGACAUUCCAUUCCCUCUUCCCAGGUUUCUGGGUAUCACCAGAUAUAUCCACUCUGAGACUUCUCAGUCCACAAUGAGUUGGUUUGGGCUGCUCCUGCAUUAAGUUCCUCCCUCCCAAAUUCCGUAAAACUUUGGGAUUACCUGCCAGUGCCUCCUUUUGAUGUGUCAGUGGUGCCAUUUGGACUACCUAAGGAUCCAGACAUGGCCCUCAAUUUGGUAAACAGAAGUGUAUCAGUACAUUCUGCAGUAGAUGUUCAGGUUAGUAUAAUGAAACACUUCCUUCACGGGAGUUUAUAGUUGCCAAUGAGCUGCAAAGGUCUUGGAGGACAAGAAGGAGCACACAUCCAUUGCUUUGACAAGUGUUUAUUUUCACAAAUUGUGGCAUUAAAAGAGGGGAUUGUAUCUGGCUAAUAUGUGGAGAAGACCACUGAUUUCAAUAAGUCUAAAGAUUCCUGACUGACUUAUUUCCUUGUAUUUAUAGCACACCUUAUGGUGUCCAUGUAGUUCUGAGGCAGUUUCCACUCAGACCCAAACCUGCUUAGCUUUAGCAAGGUGGUGUGCUCAUGCACCGUCAGCCCAUACCAUGGGAUCAAGUCUGUUGGAAUCAUGGGUUUCCUUGGAUAGGUCUUGCUGAGAUAGAAUAACCCACAAUGUUUGCAUGCAAUGUAAUAGAGGGAAGGAAAUGGUGUAUGGCACGUGUCUUUUCAGUUUCACAUGGACCAACUUGUAUUUUAAAUACAGAAAACCACAUUUAGCUACCAGCCUGGAGAUGCCUUUAAUGUCAUUUGCCCUAAUUAUACCAGCGAGGUGGAAGAGCUUCUUCAUAUCUUGGGACUGUCAGAGAAGAAAGAUUACUUUGUUUGCUUGAAGGUUAAGGCAGGCACUAAAAAAAGAGGUAGGUUUUAUGCAUUUACGAUGAUAUUGCAUGUGAUACUGCCCUUCAGAGAAGAGAAGAGAAGAGAAGAGAAAACUCAUUUUGUGUAACUGCCCCUUCAUUUUGAGAUCUCAGGAGUUCUGUGCAAAUUGCAUUUCAGGUUAAAAUACCUGAGGCACUUGUUAGACAGUCUUGUCCCCAAACUUGUGCCAUCUGUCUCUUAGAGCCUUGUGACAUAUGAGCAGGACUUGGACUCCAAAGCUGAAAUAAUUUUAAUCUUUUUACAGCUUCUAAAUCAUUGCCCUUUCUCUUCUCUUUUCUGAGAUUUUGUGUAUGUGAUCCUUUGAGCAAGUAGCAGAGUAUCUAAAAAUGUACUCCAGUUUGAUUUUGAAAACUCCCAAAGUUACAGGCAGCAGAUGUACUAGCUGGAUAUCCUAUUUGAUGUCAGUGGGAAAACAGAAACAAAAAUAGACAUAGAUGGGUUUUAAGGCAUUUCAAUUUCCAUUAGAUUUUUAAACUGAAAUGUUUGGGGGGCAUUUUGUUCUUUCUAUUCAUUUUAAAACUAAUGCACACCCCUAGUUCAUAUGCCACCAACAUAUGUGUGAAGUUGGGGAGCGUUGUCUCAAUGUACACCCCUUCCUUAGUCCUGAAUAUUUUCAAAUACAAGCCUAAUUUAUCACAAUGGAACUUACAGAAAUGUAAUAAGUGUAACACCUUACUACUAUUUUGUUUGCCCAUUUACCUAGUUUGUGGAGAUUCUUUUGGAGUUUUUAUUGGUCUCAUUGGGAUUUCGCCACAAUGAAUAAUCUGGUGUCCCACUGCAAAUUUGGCCACUGCUCUGUCUGCCUCUGCAUUCUGAUAACUUCUGUACAAGUUAAAUAGUCCUGGUUUAAAUGAUUACAGAAUUUGUGGAGAGCUUGUUGUUUACUUCCCUGCUUUGUGACACUGUCAGUCUACUUUUGCUUACUUAAAAAAAAUUACUGAUUCUUAAGGACCGGUCCUCUUAUUCCAUAACUGCUAGGUAACAGUCAGCUUCUUGAUGUAAAUGUUAAGGAAUCCUUGAUAAGGUUUGAAGAAAACCUAGGAUUCCCUGGAAUAUAAUUUGAAAGCUGCCACUCUACAUGAGUGAGUCUUCUAGGAGGUAGCUUUUACAACUCACAAGUAAUCAUAAAGAAGAGUGGAACUGUUUCUCGAUAUGUUCCCAAUUUAAAUUUAUUUUUUCUUCUUAAACAGGAGCAGCUGUGCCACUGUAUAUACCUGAAAAGAGUACUGUGAAAUUUAUUCUGACGUGGUGUCUAGAAAUAAGAGCAGUUCUCAAAAAGGUGACUUUUUACUUUUUCAAAUAACUUUAUUAUAUCCAUUCUUGGUACUCUCUAAGGCCUAGACUGGUUGGGUGGUUCAAGCCUACAUUGGAGAAGUUUGGAACUUGGAACCAUGGGCAUCAGGUGGCUGACACAGGGACUUCCCAUAUAAAUUUAUUUUUGCCUGAGGUCAAGAGGAAGACAUUCUCAGUUGCUCCGGUUUUAACUGUUAGUCUCUGAGCAGUGCAGAAUCUUUGCAAUAAGCUCUCAGAAAGUAGUUUGUCCCCUGAAGCCGUCAGCCCAUUUGUGAGCUGUUGCGAUGCCAUGGAAUGUUCAUGGGGUGGAGGAGGCCGGAUUCCGAUCAUACUGAAGCCAAGGAAUGAGGCUUCCCUUGGCCAAGAGCCUCCCAUGCUUAGAGCAGCUCCCAUUUCCAGCUACUGCCAGACCCAUCAGCAGAGAAUCCCUUUCAGGUUCUCUCUCUGCACUGCCACUUGCUCACUCACUCGCCCUUGGCCUCUUUUUCUGGACCUGGAGCAGCAGAGAGGAUUAGGAAAUUUGCUGCUCACGACAACUGCCUUGUUCCUCUCUGCUGCUCUGAGUCCAAGAAAAAGUCAAGUGCUGCUAGUGAGAGGGCAAAUGAAGAAAUAAGUGCUGAGAGGCGCUGCCUUUGCAGGGCUCAAAGUUGUGGAAGAAUAGUUAACAAAUACAUGUUUGAACAAGCAGGCUGUAUUGAUAUCUGUGCUAUCAACGCUCUUCCACAAACUAAAAUAAUCAGUAACUGGAUACCAGCAACGAUGAGCAGCCAGCCAGAUGAAAGGCUUUGUAACUUGAAUACAGUGGACCCUCUGGAUACGAAUGUAAUUCGUUCCAGGGGGUCCGUAUGUACCCCGAAAAAUCCACAAGAAGAGUGCCGCUUCUGUGCAAGCACGCAGCGCGAUAGAGCGCCUUUGCGCAUUCGUGCGCAGCGAAACCCGGAAGAAUACACUUCCAGGUUUGCCACGUUCACAACCCGAAAGUUAUGUUACCUGAAGGUAACGUAACCCGAGGUUCCACUGUACAUCUUCCCUUGGUGCUAGAUUAAACAUGUUUGUGGGUUAAUUUUGGUGGGCCUUUCCCACUAGACCACUAGAUGUCAUCAGUAAACCACAUGUAGCAGCCUCUAUGAACUGCUGUACCUUCUAAACACACAUUUAAAGGCUUGGAGACUGAUUUCCCAUGAGCAGAACUUCAGUUGCGUGGUCCUCCUGCUGAGCUGCUCUGGAGACAGUGUUGCGGAAUGUCUCCCUGCCCUUGCCCCCUUCCGAGCUGCUCUGGAGAUUGCAGAGCAGAGGGGGAAUUGUCUAAAGUCACUGCCUCUUUUCAGCAGGAACCUCUGCCUGAUUUCAGGAGACCUUCCGUUCACAGAAGUCACAUUUGACUCAACCCUGGGCGUUCAUAAAUUACAGAGUUAUAGGUCAGAGUGCUACCCAAAGCACUCAUCCCGUGUAUAUGUUACUCAGCAUGGUGACUUACAUACUUUAUGCAGUUUGCUUCUGUCAGCUGUUAUUGUGGUGCUUCAGUGCGCAAACUGCUUGGGCAAGUCACUCAGUCAGCCUAAAAGAUAUGUAAUUGGCCUCUCCUGGUUGCCUGUGCCAAGCAAAAGCUGCCUAGGUGACUAGACAGGAAAGCUUUACCCAGCUUGAUCCUUCUCCUUCAGCCUUUUCCUUUUAGACCAAGAAUGACAGACACACUGGGCCAGAAGGCUAAUAGGAAGCUCUGUGGGCGAGUACCCUUUGCAAACUGAUUUUCAAGACUUGCCUCAACAGUUUUAUUACAAAGGAUAUCAUGAGAUAACGCCAUGUGUGCAACCCUGAGCUCCUUGGAGGAAAGCCAUGUAUCUUUUUCUUAAAGCAUUUUAUUAAAAAUAUUGUAACAAUGCAAAAUACCUUUUUUCAGAUAACAAAACAAAAAUUGGGACCAUAAAAAUAUGCUACGUGUUACAAUGGAGAGAAGAGUAAGGCAGUGACCGUGGUACAUUUCAUCAGCCAUUUAUCCAGAUCUAUCCAAAAUCAUCCAGAUCUCUGGGGAUUGCAGUCCAUGCUGUCUGGAUAUCUGAAAUAGAGCUAUGGCAUGUGCCACAAAAUGAGUCUGAAGCCUGUUAGUUUUCUGGUUGCUUUCAGUUGGCAGGUCAGAUUUUCAGCCAAAGCAAGCAUCCAGACCUGUGCACACCAAGUUUUGGGUAACCCAUUCCCUCCAAACCUUCAAGCACCUAGCAAUCUCAAGUCUUGCCAUCUGUAGGAGAAACACCACAAGGUCUUUAUCUUGCCCUUACAAACACCCAAUAAAGCUGAAACCACUAUUGUCUGCAAGAACACUCUACACCAGAUGUUUUGCAUUGUAAAAUAUGACCGGCAUAUGUUAAAUUUUGUCCCCCAUGCUGCACCCCCUCCAACAUUCUGGAGUGGUGGAGCCCCUAAUAAAGGCGCAAAUAAAUGGGAGGGGUGUGAGGUACCACCUGUGGACCAAUUUCCUCAUACUAGGAUUGGGACCUGUAUCUCCGUAUUCCCCACCCACAACCUGGAGCACGGCUCUCCUGGUACAGCAGUCCCCAGGCAUGUUCCCGUAACAUCCUCAACCACCUGAUUUACUAGGAGCCAAUUCACAGAGGGUUGUCGGUACCUGUUCUGCCUUCAAAGGCAUAUUAUUAGCAAAGAGAUGCCUAGGAUGGUACAGCCUGACAGCCUCCCUUCCUCUCAGCUGAAGUCACUUCCUGCCUGACUAAAGGCUGGGUGUGCUAAGAGUGGGAGCAGAGAUGACGAUAGUUGGGAGAGUUUUUUACCACUAGGUCCAAACAACGAAAGGACAUUUUAGCAAGAGGUUAUUGAUGUUUGUGAGGUUCUGCAGAGCCCCUGCCUUACAGGAAUCCUUAGGAACACUGUUUAUCACAGAUGUGACAGAGAUGCGGAACAUAAGUUGAGAAUUAUCAAACCAAAUUAAAAACAGACUCUUCUCUUCCGCUAGGCAUUUUUGCGCUCUCUGGUAGAAUACACCACUGAUGCUGGAGAAAAAAGGAGACUGCAAGAGCUGUGUAGCAAACAAGGAUCCUCUGACUACAAUGCUUUCAUAAGGGAUGUGGGUGUGUGCUUGUUGGACUUACUCCAUGCUUUUCCAGCUUGCAAGCCUCCCCUAAGUCUUCUCCUUGGUGAGUAGUUGCAUGGAAUAGACACAGCAAGAAAAGGAAGAUAUUGUGACCAUUGUAGCAAAUGGAUGUCUUGGAAAUAAGGUUCACUGAUUGCGGGAAAAUUAUAAGUCUGGGCAGAGUUACCAGAAAUGCAAAGUAAGAUUUUCUCUUGCAGCUACCAUAUUUUUCGCCCUAUAGGACACACUUUUUCCCCUCCAAAAAUGAAGGGGAAACGUGUGUGUGUCCUGUGGGGCGAAUGCAGGCUUCAGGAAGCUAUCAGCAAGCUGUGGGAGAGCUGCACAACUUCGCGCAGCUCUCCCACGGCUUGUGGAGAGCUGCCUGCACCCCAAAGCCUGGGGGCGCACAGAGCUCAGUGAAGUCGCGCAGCUCUCCCACGGCUUGUGGAGAGCUGCCUGUUCCGGGGGCUGGGGUCGGGGGAAGCUCGGGCUUCCCCCGACCCAGCCCCGCGCCGGGGGGGGGGAAUAAUUUUUUUUCUUUAUUUCCCCCCCAAAAAACUAGGUGCACCCUAUGGGCCGAAAAAUACGGUAUCUCCAUCCUGGCAGCAGCUAAGAGAAAACAGUCUAGAAUUCAGGGUAGAACCCCAGGGCCAGGGUCAAAGAUAACAUUUGCAAUCAUUGGAACCAAUUGUGAUAUUGCAUUUUUAAUAAAAUCAGAAGGUUGACACCUGUUUUCUGAAACUUGUACAUAUGGGUGUGUCUUCUUUAAAAUGUUACAGGUAAAUAAAGGAAAAAUAAUUUCUGAAGUUGCUCCGAUUCUUAGGAGCAGUGGAAGAUGUAGAAAUACAUACUAGUGAAGCUUAUUUUCCUGCUGAGACCCUACAAGAAACGUGUGUGAUUAGAAUGAUAGAAUCAUGGAGGUGGAAGGGACCCCAAGGGUCAUCUAGGCCAGCCCCCUGCAAUGCAGGAAUCUUUUGCCCAAGGUGGGGCUUAAGCCCACAACCCUGAGAUUAAGAGUCUCAUGCUCUACCAACUGAGCUAUCCCAGAUGUAUUUCAUUUGAAAACAUUAAAUGUAAGGUCCAUGCAUUGCUGUAUUUUAGAAUUGCACAUGUGUGAGCAAGUGCUCCUGACUUACAGCCCUUUGCCCCACACCUGUGGCCAGAAAGCUGUGAACUAGAAACUAGAAAUCUUAACCUCAGCCAUAUAUUCAGUAGUUCAGCUUUGGCUAACCAUCUUUCUCUGCCUCCCUUCUCCCCACUCCUUCCAAAUUAUUGAGAUAAUAGUACUGGACUAUCUGGCAAGGUUGUUUAUAAAAAUUACCGAGAUGACGUAUGUCAAGCUCUUUAGAAUGCUUUAAAGCGUUAUGUAAAUGCCUGUCAUUUAGUAUUGGAAGUGUCUUGAUGCUGUAGGUAGGUGAGAGUAGAGGGAAGGGUGAAAUCUUGCAUUCAUUCACUUCUGUUCUUUUCAGAACAUCUUCCUAAAUUGCAAGCCAGACCCUACUCGGCUGCAAGGUAAUGCAAUAUCUAAGUUUAAUUUUAAUUAUAAACUGGGUGUCUUUCUUUCUUUCUUUCUUUCUUUCGAUCUCAUCCUCCUAUGAUGGAGAAGGCUCCUAAGGUGCUAAACCGGGCUUCUUCAACCUCGGCCCUCCAGAUGUUUUGAGACUACAACUCCCAUCAUCCCUGACUGCUGGUCCUGCUAGCUAGGGAUCAUGGGAAUUGUAGGCCAAAAACAUCUGGAGGGCCGAGGUUGAGGAAGCCUGUGCUAAACUGAAAAUGUUUUCAAUAAAUAACACAUUGAUCCCAGGCAUCUGGAUGCAUUUCCCGUAUGCCUCUAUUUCACUAACUCUCAUUGCUUCAUUACUGAACAACUAGAUGACUCACAGCUGAAUGCAUGAAGGAACUUUUUGGAACCUGUUAUUUCUGAGACAUUACAGAAAUUCUGUGUGUGGUACUUAUUCUGUGAUGGCUCAUUGGUGCACGCAAGUAACAAUGUGAUGUUACAACAAGAUCCUCAGUAAAAAUCAUUUUAAAGGUCUUGUAUAACCAUUAUCAGGAGAGAAAAUGAUUUACUUAAUUUUUUUUUCCCAGAUGGGGCUUUUCAUACCCAUUUGCGGCGUGGGGGGUGAGAUGCAAUAUCUGCUCACCUGACCUUUCCUACACUGAGAUAGUUGUUUCCUUUAACUGUCCCAAGUGUUUGAUUUCCUUUUAAUUGUUUCAUUGCAGCUCCAGUUUAUUUCAGUCUGGAAAGAUGAGUUUCAUCUUUAAUGUUCUGGAGUUUCCCACCCAUCUAGGUGAACUGCGAAGAGGGGUGUGCACCGGGUGGCUGCUUCAGCUGGUUUCCCCAAUCCUUCAGUCAAGUACAAAAGCAGAGGAGCUCCUAAUUCCAAAGGUAUCAGAAGACAGCUAAGUUCUUGGGCAUUUCUUAUGGUACAGACAGAGCUUGUGUGUUCCUAAAAUAAAGGCCAUCUUUUCCACUUUGUUAUGAUUUGGGGGCUUGGAAGCGGCAGCAGUAACAUCUGAUGUUGCAACUAUUUUAGGAAAUGGAGUGGGUUUUUCUUUUCUUUAGAUGAAUCCAGUUAAUAGGAUUUUCCAGUACCUGCAUCUCUAACUGGGGCUUGCAGUUGCAUCCCACUUUGGAAGUAAAGGAGGGUUGCAUAAGAAGUGAAAGAACCAGGAAAGGACAUGUGGAAGAUGGAUGUAUAUGGUUAAAAAUGAAAAGUAGGUUUCGCAUAGCAAGUUUUAGUUCCAGACUUGAAACUGCUGAAGUCAGUAUUGUUCUAAGACAGACUGAAUGGUUCAAGGAGGAAUGAACGUUCUAGGUUUCCUGCUGGAGUUGAUGAUUGCUUUUCCACCCCUCUGCACCUGACGUGUGGUUUAAAAAACACAAAAAGCUCCUUACGACUUAGUUGACAGGAUGUUCCAGGAUGGAGCAGCUAAGCUGCUCCUGGGGGAGACAGCUCACUCUUGCAUAUUUGGGUCUAAAUUGAGAAAAAAUGGGCAAUUAAUAAAAGAGUGCAUGUUUUCUGCAAGUGUUCUGUUGAAGUCUGUCUGGGAGUUAUAAGGAUUUUGGCAUUCAUUUGAAAAAUGAAAAACUUGGUUACAGGGAUUGGUUUGUGGCAGUAUGAGGCACUUCUUAGCCAAAAGAGAAAUGGCAGCUACUCCAGCUAGUUACUUCAUGGCACCCAAAUAUUUGCUGCUAGCAACAGCAAGUGCCUUGGGUUGUGUGUCACAACACAGGACUUAAUGUGCCUUACAGUUGGAGAAAGAGUGUUUUACAUGGAAAUCUGUGAAUAAUAAUAAUAAUAAUAAUAAAUUUUAUUUAUAUCCCGCCCUCCCCAGCCGAAGCCGGGCUCAGGGCGGCUAACAACAAUCAAAUAAUCAAACAAUCAAAUAAUCCAGCAUUCUAAAACAUUUCAUUAUAAAAAUUAAUUAAAAUCAAAUUAAUGGCAACCGUUAAGCAAAAUUCUGUGCAGGUUGCCAGAGGAGAGAGUCAGGCUGGGCCCUGACCAAAGGCCUGGUGGAACAACUCUGUCUUGCAGGCCUUGCGGAAAGAUGUCAGGUCCCGCAGGGCCCUAGUCUCUUGUGACAGAGCGUUCCACCAGAUUGGAGCCGCAGCCGAGAAAGCCCUGGCUCUAGUUGAGGCCAGCCUAACUUCUCUGUGGCCUGGGACCUUCAGGAUGUUUUUAUUUGCAGACCGUAGGUUCCUCUGUGGGGCAUACCAGGAGAGGCGGUCCCGUAGGUACGAGGGUCCUAGGCCGUAUAGGGCUUUAAAGGUUAAAACCAGCACCUUAAACCUGAUCCUGUACUCCACCGGCAGCCAGUGCAGCUGGUAUAGUACCGGAUUAAUGUGAUCUCGCAGCGAAGACCCCGUAAGGAGUCUUGCUGCAGCAUUCUGCACCCGCUGGAGUUUCUGGGUCAGUCUCAAGGGCAGCCCCACGUAGAGCGAGUUACAAUAAUCCAGUCUGGAGGUGACCGUCGCGUGGAUCACAGUGGCUAGGUCAGGGCGAGAGAGAUAAGUAAGUAAGACAGCCCCCCAAAAUAAGACCUACUUUCAGUUUUGCCUCUCGCUGUAAUAUAAGGCCUCCCCCAAAUAUAAGGCCACCCCGGAAUAUAAGGCCCCCGAAGCUACCGUAAGGCGUUGUACCGUAUACAGGUAAUAAAUUUCCUCUUUUUUUUGUUCAACAAUAAAUGUGUACCGUAUUCGUCUUCAUGGAAAAAUAAGACAUCCCAUGAAAAUAAGACCUAGCGCAUCUUUGGGAACAAAAAUUAAUAUAAGACACUGUCUUAUUUUGGGGGGAACAGGGUAGCUGUGCUGAUUUUAGCUCAUGGUGUAUCUGAUUCCUAUGAAAAUGUGGAAGACCUUUAUUUUAGUGGGUAUUGUGGCAGUGCAUUUUUUAAUACAAAUCUUAGAAUAGGGUAUAGUUUAUAAAUGUAUCUGCUAGUUCUCCUCAUCUACGUUUUAAUGAUACUGAACUGCAUUGUAGAUUUCCAUAUCUUCUCGUCCAGCAAACAUUUUUCACUUACCAGAGGAUCCAUCAAUUCCCUUUAUUAUGGUUGGUCCAGGAACUGGAAUUGCACCAUUUAUUGGUUUCCUGCAACAUAGGUAAGCCCAUGAUUUAUAUUUUUAAAAAACCUCUCCUCCCUGCCAGCUUGUAAUGUUUAGGAAAGUAAUUCACAGCACCUGGAGAUGCCCGUGGCAGAGGACAGGGGGGAACAGAGUGAAAAAUACUAGUGGGAAGCAGACAGAUUUAGCAAUAUAUAUCAGCCACACAAAGGCACAGAGUCCUUCAUCCCCUGAGGCAGGGAAAGUUAUCUGGUGUCUUGCAUAAUGUACAGAAAUGGAUCUUCACCCACGCACAUUGUGUGGGCUGAGGCUGGGCAGCUGAUACCCUCGUCAUGUCCUUCCUGGUGACAACAUCCCACAUGGUUAUGACAUGUGCAUGAAUACUGUAACCGCAUGAUUCUCCUCUCUCUCACACACACACGCACACCCCUCUACCUCCAGGGAAGGGGCUCCCCACCUGAUGGUCUCUGUGUGUGUUUGUGAGUAGAAAGGAGCCCUGUCUUGGGAAAGGGACUCUUAACUUUGUAUUGCCCCAAGGGAGAUCACAGUUAAGUUGGUGGGUUUUAUUUUGUUUUUUAUAGUGUGACCAUUCCAAUUCAGUGUCAAAAAAGAAGAAGAAAGGGCAACCAUUAUUUAUUUAUUUUCCACAUUUUACUUACCACUGAAUUACAUUAAUCAUUUAAGGAUUUUUUUCAUACUGAAGAGCUGUGACUAUAAAAGAAGGGGGUUGUUGUUUUGCUUUUUUGUUUUACUUGUUUACAUCCUGUAUUUUAUUCUGUGAACCAUCCUGAGAUCUUAUGAGGAAGGGCGAUAUAUAAAUCUAAUGAAUUAAAUAAAUAAUGAGGAGUCUGUGAGAUUGGACCAUGAAGUGAAUCAGUCUCCAGUGUUAUUCUCUAUGGGAUGUUGCCGGCCGCUGGUAACGUUCUGCUGCCUUUCCUUCAAUUAAUAUCUCUUAGUUUUAUUAAUUGCUUUCUUUUUUAAAAAAGUUAGUCAACGCCACCUUAUCUGACAUGCGCCAGGUCACGGAAUGAAGGCUUGAUGGGAAUGUUGUACACUUUAAGCUAUACAUUAUGACCACAGAUGUAUGGAAGGGCUGAAAUGCAGGAUUGCACAUUCCAACUCUGUUUUGAUUUUAUCUGUUGUGUUUUCAUUUAGCUCAGUAAUUCUGAGCAAUGCAUUAAGGCUAACAGAUUGUUGUUUUCCACACACCAAACACGUUUUCUUGUAGGGUGUGUAGAUUUUUAUUUUUUUCCCCGCACAUCAACCAGGCUUGAAGAUCAUUGUUGUUGAAGUUAAGCUGUGCAUGUACCAAAUGUCCUGCCUUUAACAUUUGAUUCUCAUAUUUGUAGUUCUGUGUUUUCCAAAUUCACAUUUGAUUUAACAUGAUUUUAAAGUGUCAACUUGCUGCCUUGGUUUUUGUAAUUUAGGGUAGAGAAGUAGGGAAAAUAAUCUAGAGACGUAUCUGUAUGUGGAGCAUGAAAUUGAAUUGUUGCAAAGCCAAAUGAUUUCUUUUUUAAACUGGGUAAUAAAUUCUUGGGAAAGCGUUACAUGGGACAGCCAGAAGCUGUCUUCCAGAAUGAAGGGGAAACAGAUUUGCUAUCAUUACUGCUAAUAAUGAGAACUCGUGAUGUUUGACAAGCUGCUGUGAGUAAUUUAUUCCAUAAUAUUUCAAUGGCUUGAGUAUUUUAUUGAAAGGAAGCUUGUAGCAGCUGUGAAUUAAAGUGGGCUGAAACUUUGAUGUAGUUACAAUAGAAAGUAUUUGAGAGUUAUAAUGCCACUGUGAGCCCACUGUUGGUGCUUAGCCGGUAUCACGUAGUGCAAAUGGAGAAUAUGAUAACCUAAAGGGAGGGAGUUUGCAUUCACCAGGCAUUUAAAUAGUCACAGACACCUUGGGCAAUUUUUAAUGAAAAGUUAGGGCAUAAAUUAAUUUUAUUUAUUUUCAUCAUUUAUUAAAGAAUUAUAUACUGCCCUUCAUCAUAAGAUCUCAGAGAGUUCAGAGAGUGGUUCAGAGAGUAAAAUACAGGAUAAAAACAUGAAAAUAAGUAAAAUGAAACAACAAAACAAUAAACCCCCUUCCCACAGACACAUUUAAAAGACUGUAGAAUAUUAAUCAGCCCAAGGUCUGGUUGAAGAGGAACAUUUUCACCUGGCACCUAAAAAUAUAUAAUGAAGGUGCCUGGCGAGCCUCCCUGGGAAGAGCAUUCCACAAAUGGGGAAUCACUACAGAGAAGGCCCUGUUCUUGUGUUGCCCCCCUCCGGACCUCUCUAGGAGGAGGCACACAAAGAAGGGCCUCGGAGGAUGAAUGCAGAGUCCAAUGCGGUUCAUAUGGGGAGCGGUGCCCCCCCCCAAUUCAUUUUUAACUUUAAUUCAGCAGGAGCUGCACAUAUGAUGUAUACCAGUGCCCCACAUUCUGCUCGAUCUCCGCUCAAGGGCUUCAGACUGCACCAGGUGCCACAUAAGAAGCCGAUCUUCUAGCACCUACACUUUGGAACUCCCUUCCUAUUGACACCAGGCAGGCACCUUCACUGGACUCUUUUUUUGCACAUGCUAAAAACAUUUUUGUUCAGGCAAGCCUGUACAGAUAAGCAAAAGUUUGACAGGUGCUUUUAUCUGGUUUUUAGCAUACUGUUGAUUUUAUUUUUAUUUUUAAUGUUUUAAACAGCUGUUUUUAACUGUCUUUUUACUGAUAAUUUCAUUGUUUCAUUCAUUUUGUAAACCGCUUUGAGGGUGUGUGGUUUUUUACAAUCAAGCAGCUUAUAAAUUUUAUGAACGAAAUAAAUAAGCGUUCUCUAAAGGUUGGAACUAGCUUCAUUGUUCGUGGCAACCAUUCAGCUGCUUUCAAGGAAGUUUGGAAGCUGCCUUGUGUUCAUUCAGACUGGCUGGCUGGUCCAGGAUUGAUUGCUUUGGCUGGCAGCCGCUGCUCUCCAGGGUCAGCGUCUCAGGAAGGUCCUUCAUUCCCCCCCCCCUUUUUCUUUUUUGGCAGUAUUUUUAUUAAGUUUACUUAUCAUUACAGUUAUUCGAUUCAUUAUUCAAAACAUCAUAAGAUACAUAAAGAAAAACCAGAAUAAUUCAACAUCUUUGAAAAUGACUUCCCUUCACGUCAUUGUGGGUCCCUACUUCUUCUUUUUCUUUUUAACUGUGUCCUUUUUCAAAUUCAAUUCAUUGAUCUCACAUAAUGUAAAUUAUCUGUCUGUUAACUAAUUUGCGAAAAUUAAUCAAAGCAUAUUAGAGAUUUUGUUUGGGAACAGUGUUUUUCUAAGUGUACUCUGUAAAACUUCCACUCAGUUUUAAAUUUUUGGUUUGUUUGAUUCCUGAUUGCCUCUGUCAUCUUUGCUAGUUCUAAGUAUUCACAUAAUUUAUUUUGCCAUUCUUCCUUGGUUGGAAUUUUCUCUCCCUUCUAAUUUUUGGCAAUCAACAUUCUUGCUGCUGUUGUUGCGUACAGGAAAACCCUCUUAUCAUUUGGAAUAUCAUCUGUCAAAAUGCCUAUAAAAGGCUUCAGGUUUUUUCGCAUUUGUUUGUUUAAACUUUUUUUUGUUUUUUAUGUUGCAGUUCUGAGCCAUUUAAGGCUUCAUAGGUCAAAACCAGCACUUUGAAUGAUGCCUGGGAAUUAAUUGGCAGCCAUUGCAAUUGGGCCAGGAUCGGUGUAAUAUUCUCAGACCGCCUUGUCCCAGUGAUAAAUGCAACAGAUUAAAUAAUAAGGAUGAAAAGAAAGGUGUUUCGGGCCUCAUGUCUACUUCAGAAAUCUUCUUUCUCUAAAUUGAUUUAAAGAAAUGAGGACAUCAUUUCUAAUCAUUACUGAGUUCUCUUAUUCCAGCCUGCAAGAGGAUCUAUGAAUAGGUUUUUUAAUGGUCAUUCUGAUUCUUCAUGUCACUGCAGCGUGCCCUCAAGUAACGUGUGUAAAAGAUUUUGCUGUGAACUGCCGUUAGAAAAGGCACAUGGCUCCCUCUUUGACUGGCUUCAUCCAUAUCCCUGCAAGCAGCAGAAUCGUUGUCAUCAUGAGGCCAAGGGAGGAUGUUCACAUUUUGCAGCAGUGGGCACACUCUGGUCCAGAAUCCUUUGUGCUGCUUUAUAUGCAUGUUUAUACCCUGCAUGUGGCCUCCAUGUUUACUUUAAUGGAGGUGACAUCUAGAUAUCUACAGCUCAGCCCAUUGCACACUGAAUGACUUCAUCUAGUGAUGUGAGUGAGGAAUUUUGUAUGCAUCUUGGAUCCACUGCCCAUAAGAUGCCACUGAAUUGAGUGGAUAGGCUCUCUCCCUCCUCCUUCCUUCCUUAGUGUUUAUCUCCCUGUGUUGCAGUAUUGUAGCACAGAAUAUUGAAUUAAGGAUCAGCCGUGAUCAGGAACAAACCUACUCAUAACAGUGCUCACAGAUACUUGAACAGAGGAAGUGGAAACUAGAUUUGAAGUGUGUCCUUAGUGCAGAUAAUUAAAAAAAAUCAGGGCUGUAUGUGCACACUCCCCAUGACAAGAAAGGUAGAUUGGCUAGAUCAUGGGUAGGCAAACUGAGGCCCGGGGGCCGGAUCUGGCCCAGUCACCUUCUCAAUCCAGCCCACGGAUGAAUCAGCGUGUUUUUACAUGAAUAGAAUGUGUCCUUUUAUUUAAAAUGCAUCUCUGGGUUAUUUGUGGGGCAUAGGAAUUCGUUUAUUUCUCCCCCCCCCCAAAAAAAUAUAUAUAGUCCGACAGUGUCUGAGGGACAGUGGACCGGCCCCUUGCUGAAAAAGUUUGCUGACCCCUGCUAGAUGUUACGGAGAGUGUUUGGUGAAAUCUCAGACCUGAUAAUAGGGCUUUGUAGGAUUUCAGGUAGUCAAGAGUGUUGAAGAUAAACUUCUUGGCCCAUCCCAUGACAAGCAGAGCCAGAAUGAAUGAUGCGAAAUAAAUGUAAACCAGCAUAACGAGCGCAGGCAUCUUGAGGUUUGGCCUCCAGCUUCCAUCAGCCCCAGCCGGUUGGAGAGAGCUGUAAUACAGGAUGCAGAACUUGGGUUUGUUUUGUGCUGCUGCUGCUGCUGCUGCGUUUAAGUAUAGGGCAUGCACAGUCUUAAGUUACAGUUUUUUUCAAAAUUCUUUUUCAGACAGAAGCUCCAAGAAGAUCACAAAGACUGGACAUUUGGAGAGACAUGGUUGUUUUUUGGCUGUCGCCACCAGGUCAAAGAUUACCUGUUCCAGUAAGUUGUUGCCUUGUGCUCUCUUUCCUCUCAGCCCCUUGCCCCCUAAGCUGCUGUGCAAGGGAAUUAUGUCUUUACCCUUGCAGUGAUCCUUAACUUCUAUCUUUCAGAGAGGAGCUCAGGUGCUUUGCUGAAAGUGGCACAUUAACUCACCUAAAGGUUUCUUUCUCAAGAGACGCCCCAGCUGCAGGAGAAGCUGCCACUCCUAAAUACGUUCAAGAUAACCUUCGGCUUUACUGCAAAGAGGUUAGCAGGAUUCUGCUGCAGGAAAAAGGGUAUUUUUACGUGUGCGGGUGAGUCAUGCCAAAUUUUAUGAAACUUGGAUUUGCAAGAACUUGUAGAAACGUUAACUGCUUUUAGAUUAGCAAGAGCUGGGAGCAAAAGAUGAGAAAACAAAAUUAAUGGGAGCCCAGGUGUGGUGGUGGGUUUGUUUGUCUUUUCCUGAAGAGAAUACUCCCUUUAGGCACAGUUUCAUAACAUCGCUGCUUUGAGAAGAUGAGGAUUGCAGAAAGAGCUGCCCAGAGAGCUUCUUAACAAGCUGAAAAGUGAACUGGAAGGGAGGGCAGCAAGCUUUGUAUGGGGCUUGUUGAGACAAAACAAAAGAGCAAGCCAGGGUGCAAGUUAAGGCAACAAGGGCGUUAGAGAGAAAUAAGAAGGCCAUGUUAGUACCCUAAAUGCCCUGCUGACACAAGCAUAGUCUCCACUCAUCUGGCUCUAACAGAAGGACUGAUUGGUGGCAUUUUUACAUGGACAUGAUCUCACCCAGUGGAGCUGCUUUUAAGUUGCAUACGCUAACCUAAACUUCAUGGCUAUUACCAUCUCGGUGGUUAGCCCGUUAUGUCCCAUUAAUUUCAGUACAGUGGUACCUUGGGUUACAUACGCUUCAGGUUACAUAUGCUUCAGGUUACAGACUCCGCUAACCCAGAAAUAGUACCUCGGGUUAAGAACUUUGCUUCAGGAUGAGAAGAGAAAUCAUGUGGUGGCAGCAGGAGGCCCCAUUAGCUAAAGUGGUGCUUCAGGUUAAGAACAGUUUCAGGUUAAGAACGGACCUCCGGAACGAAUUAAGUACUUAACCCGAGGUACCACUGUAGCGGGAAUCUGAGAAUGUGCAUAAACUCACCUAUCAGUAGAAUUUAGAAGUGUUUGAACUUUGGCUGGACCGUGCCUUGUGUCUAUAAAAUGCAUAAACCUUAUUUGAGGGAUCUUUGAGAAGGUUGGGUAGGCUGUUAACCUAAAGGAAAAUGCAGUGGUUCAAGAUUGUGGAAUUCAAGGCUGUAAGAGGUGCAUUCAGUUAGCAUUAUCAGAGUUUGUACUGAGCCAUGACCUCUAAUCUCAUCAAAGCUUCCACCCCUCCAGUAUCCUUGAGUGUAGAAACGUCAGAGUCAGCGGUUUGUGGCGCAGGGCGAGAAAACCUCCUUCAAGUGCCAAAUGCUUUGCAGCAUCUAAUCUUCCUGCAGGUCAAUAGCUAUUUAGCAACUUAACCUCAAACAUCUCAAGAGCCCUAUUCUAUCCAACUGCCCCUCUUUUAGCUUAGAUGCUUGGCAGAUGAAAUAAUGCCUAAACAUUGGUCCGAUGUUCUAAGUAUUUAUUUAGUACAAAUGUAGUUAAUUGAGAGACUUGUUUGAAUCCUAAAGCCCUAUGCGCAGAAUCCACUGGGUGGUUCUCCUGCACAAGCUGUAUGGGGGGGGGGGGAUUGGAAAUGUGCAAAAGCAGAGCAGUACAUUUGAACAACUCCCAUUCAUUCCAGUGGGACAGGAGAACCUCUCAGUCUAGCAUGUAGCUUAAAUGUUACCAAGUUAAAUUCUAAACCUUUGUUAUACUCCAAAUUCUGGGGGAAACAGAAUUUGUAUUUCUACAUACACAGUCUAGCAGGACUGCAGAGCAAAAACUUCUGCCUUUUCAGGUGUGCAGUUAGAAAGGGGUAGUCACCUUACAAUGGCGUGAUUGACUUUAUACAAUAUGUCAGAUAACACAUGGCCAGUUGACCAGUCAAUUGAUUUUAAAUGUGACCAGUUCUUUUACGCGUGCGUGCACACACAUAUUGUACUCUUCUCUUUCUGAUAAUUGUCUGAAAGUGACACCACCUCCAUCAACGAUACUGGUUUGUCUGCUUGACUGAUGAUGAUUUUUCCCAUUUUUUCAGAGAUGCAAAGAAUAUGGCUAAAGAUGUGAACGAUGCUUUAAUAGAUAUCUUAACUUCUGAGAGAGGAGUUGAUAAACUGGAAGCACUGAAGAUGCUUGCUCUGUUAAGAGAAGAAAAGAGAUAUUUGCAAGACAUCUGGGCCUAGGAACUAGCCACUCUUCUUAGUCCAUUUGGCAUUGAUGAUCUAUGGAUAACCUUUUUAUGUAUAUGCUGGUUGGUGGUGACACAAGUCCUCUUGUCUGAUACCUAAUUGAUAUUAUCCUACUUAGCCUGCACAGUUGGAAUCACUCAUUUCAGAGAAAUUUUGCACAAUGAAAGGAACUCUUUAAAUAUGCCAUCUGUCAGUGCCUUUUAAUUUGUAGGUAUUUUCUUAGCAAAAGUUGUCAGAUGGCGUUUAUUUUCUGUCUUGGAGCACCAGAUGAAGUAAAUAUUUAAAGCAAUCCUACAUAUGCUGGUCUUUCUCUUCUGCUGAUCUGGAGAUGCAUUCAAAAAUAAGGUAGUGUGUGCAGCCUCUACCACUUCUGCUUGGGCAAUAGGGUUUUCUUAUUGACUGCCUCAUCAGAGAUCAUCCACCCAACUUUUGCACCUUAGGAUGCAGGUGGAAAUUGUACAGGAACCCAGUCUUUUAAAUAAGGAAACUAUUUAUAGUUUAUUUAUUAGCCUUUUAAAGUGUUGAUAGUAUCAAUUUCAAAUGAUUAAUAGGACGAUCAUGAAAUAUCCUUACAGAAAAGAGAAUAGGACUGCAGCCUUCACAUGACUACAUAGAUGUUAGAAACAAGAUAGACUGGUUUUAAAUUACUAUGAGAAAAGAUACUUAAACCACUAAUUUAAAUUGUGUUUCUUGCUUUGUAAUUAAUGAAUUACCUGAUGAGUGGAUACGGAUUGAUUGCUACAAGAAAACAGACCAGUUUACAGUUAAAGGGUUUACAGUUAUACGUUGCUUUACGAGGAAUGUCCUGUGAACUCGAGCGUUGCAGCUUGCCAGGCAGACUAAUCCCUCCUCCUCCCCCCACCCCUUGCAUGCUAGGUGGAGAUUCUUCCAAUCGCCCUCCACAAAGCCAAUUGUAUUGGGGCAGGGGGAGAAUGGAGGAAGCUCCAUUGUGCAAGCAAAAGGACUUGCUAGGUGAAUCCUGCCCAGUCUUCCUAUUACCCAGGAGCAUCAUCCAAUACCUCUGCACAAUUCGAUCUGAGACAGGGGGAAACAUCGGUUAAUGGGCUGCUUUUUGGCCUGACGUUCAGCUUUUUGGCCUGACGCUCAGCAAGAUCAUUGGCUUGACGAUGAGGUCCACAGUCCAGUUUAUUAGCUGUAAUGAGUUAUGGCCAAAUGCCCAGGAAUUCCAGAGCCAAGGUUAGUAAUUGAUUACUAUUACUGGGCAAAGCAGAAGAAAAGUAAAUUAUACAUUUAGUUAAGUCACAUAUUUAUAAUUUUUUGUAAUAAUGCACGAGCUGUUUAACACUUGUUUCAGAAGUCAAAUAUUUCUCCCCAUAUUUUUUUCUUGCAACCUUCAAUCAACCUUUGCUUCAAUGUCUUUGACAGAAGGUUGUGAAUUUUUUAAGAGCUAAAUGGACAUCUGUCCUAAGUUUAGAUUUCAUUUCAAAAUUAUUUUCACAAAUUAUUUUCACUAUAGCACCUAGAUGGGCUGUCAGGAUCCUGGAGUAAAGCUGCAAGUUCAACAAUGGACUUGCUUUUGGGCGCAAAUAAUUAUUCCAGUACACUAAUUUUCACCUCUGAAGUUGCAUCCACGGGGUCAUGUCCAGUGCUGGUGGUUCCAUUUGCUCAGCAGAACCAAAUUGUUCCAUGUGCGCAGAACAAAGAGGCAGUGAAGCAUUCCACAGUGACACUAGAAUUUGGGGACAUCACUAGUGGUUGAACACUGGAAGGUUUAGGACAAUCAAAGAAAGUAUUUCUUCACAUAGUGCAUAGUUAAACUCUGGCAAUCGUUGCCACAAAAAGCAGCAAUAGCCACCAACUUAGAUGGCUUUGAAAGAGAACUUUGGGGCUGCGAAGACAGGAACAUGACUCAUGUAACGUUGGAUACAAUGCAUGGCUAUGGUUUUAAAUGCAAACAGUAUAAUUCCAAUUGUUUUGAUGGAAAUUAGAGCAUAUGGAUGAUAAUUAUUUUAAAUUGUUGGGACUUAAAUGUGUUGAAAUUGGAUUGAAACAUGCCCAGUGUUUGUGAGAAAGUGCAAACUGAUUUUAUUUUCAAUAUAUAUUUUAAAACUAAAA